GCCCACUCACUCGAUCCCCAUCUCUCACCAUCACUCUCUCCACCUGAUCGAUCUCUGCCGAGCGAGCGAGAGUGAACGAUCGAAGCGAGCGGCGGCGCUGCAGAGAGAUCGAUCGACGUCGACCAUGGCCAUGGGCAAGGCGACGGCCACCACCGUGCUCGUGCUGUGCGUCCUGCUGGUGGCGGCCGCGCGGCCGCUGGACGCGGCGGCGUGCAACCCGUCCGCGCUGAGCCCGUGCGGCGGCGCCCUGAUCGGCCGGGCGGUGACGGAGGGGUGCUGCGUGCAGCUGAAGAAGCAGCAGCCGUGCCUCUGCCAGUACGCGCGCAACCCGGCCUACAGCAACUACGUCAAUGGCCCCGCCGCGCAGAGCCUCACCAAGGCGUGCGGCCUCCCCAAGAUGAAGUGCUGAGAUCGCCGGCGCAUCGCCGGCCGCCGGCACGCCCGGCCGUAUACACCACUACUACGACUACGCGUCCACGACAGAUCGACGGUGGACGUCUAAAUAAAUGCCGCGACGGCGAGCUCUAGACGAUGAGCUGGUUGUCGCUGGCUAGGUCGCCUACUCCGGCAGCUCGUCAGCUAGCUCAGCCAUGAGCCUAUGAUGAUGUUUGAGUGUUUGUCCCCGUGAUGUUUUUUAAGUUUUGUUUCGUAUGAGUAAAGUUGUGCUGGUGUGCUCUGUCUGUGCAGUGUUUCGUCUCAUGGAACCACAGUUACUGUUUAAUCCCAA